AUGCUGUGCAGACGGUGGGGGUUGGUGGGCGUGUCCUUCGCAGCGAGCGCGGCCGCCCAAACCGCCACCCACCAGAGCGCCCCCACGCAGCAGAUCAGCAAGCUCUCCGGCGACCCAGGUCAAGUUGGGUCAGCUCCUUCCUCCUCGAAGUCAGAUGAACAAAUGUCAGAGGAAGAUGAGCAACCGCCGUACGUUCUUAACCCAUAUAUGAACGCUUAUCCGUAUGGAUUUGAACAAAAUCCUUAUAUCCAAUAUCCGCACGAUGUUCAGUAUCCCGCUGUUCAGUAUCCGAAUUUCUACACGGAUGACCAACACUCUUUGAACAUGCAAGAAGAUUCAAUGACCUUCCAAGGGUAUUCGCCAGAUGUUCAGCAGUCUUCUGAUGUUCAGUCCCCUUUGUCGAGUGUCUCUCACCCCGUGGAUGUUCACCAGUAUGCUGAACAACCUGGCGACAUUCAGCAAACGCAAGAUGUUGAACUUGAGAUGAGUGUUCGAAGUCUUGCGUCAGCUGUUUGCCGAUAUCCAUCAGCUGUUCGACGACCUCGGAGUGUUCAAUCGCAUGCUGAACAACCUGCGGUAUUCCAUCCUUCUCCAUCAGUUGUUCAACGAUCUAUGAGCGUUCCAUUACCUCUUUCGUAUGCGUUAUCUCGUCAUUCCCCAUCAGAUGUUCAGCGACCUCUGAGUGUUCAGUGGCCUAUUUCGUAUGCUGAACAACCUGCGAUAUAUCGUCCUUCUUCGUCAGAUGUUCAGCGCCCUCUGAGUGUUCAGUCGCCUCUUUCGUAUGCUGAACAACCUGCGAUAUGUCCUUCUCCGUCAGAUGUUCAGCGACCUCUGAGUGUUCAGUCGCUUGUUUCACCUGCAACUGUUCAACUGCAGACACCAGAUGUCAAGCAAACUGUUCAUCAACCUGCAUCAGAUGUUCAGCGACCUCUGAGUGUUCAGUCGCCUCUUUCGUAUGCUGAACAACCUGCGAUAUAUCGUCCUUCUCCGUCAGAUGUUCAGCGACCUCUGAGUGUUCAGUCGCCUCUUUCGUAUGCUGAACAACCUGCGAUAUGUCCUCCGUCAGAUGUUCAGCGACCUCUGAGUGUUCAGUCGCCUCUUUCGUAUGCUGAACAACCUGCGAUAUAUCGUCCUUCUCCGUCAGAUGUUCAGCGACCUCUGAGUGUUCAGUCGCCUGUUUCACCUGCAACUGUUCAACUGCAGACACCAGAUGUCAAGCAAAUUGUUCAUCAACUUUCAUCAGAUGUUCAGCGACCUUUGAAUGUUCAAUCGCCUUUUUCGUAUAUUGUACAGCCUGCGAUAUAUCGUCCUUCUCCGUCAGAUGUUCAGCGACCUCAAAAUGUUCAAUCGCCUUUUUCGUAUAUUGUACAGCCUGCGAUAUAUCGUCCUUCUCCGUCAGAUGUUCAGCGACCUCAAAUGUUCAAUCGCCUUUUUCGUAUAUUGUACAGCCUGCGAUAUAUCGUCCUUCUCCGUCAGAUGUUCAGCGACCUCAAAAUGUUCAAUCGCCCCUUUCAUAUGCUGGACAAACAGCGACUGCUCAGCCUAAAACAUCAUCACCUGUCCGAAGAACUGUUCUUGAUGUUUACUGUCGUGCACCUAUCCACGAACUUUAUCUGAACAAAAAAUGAUUUGUCCCAGAUCCCAAACAAUGCCAAUAAAAUGUUCAGCACUAUGGUAUGUUUGACAUACUAUGAACAGUCAGCCGCCCUCACUUAAUGAACAAACCAAUUCCUUGAAAUGUUCACGUCUGUAAGCGAAAAAAAUCAACAAAAUGUUCCUUUAAGACGUUGAACAUCCAUUACGCUUUGUUCAGAUUGUUGAACCAACUCAAAUGAUAAUAGGAAGGAUGGAAAAUGGAAAUAAAAAUCAGAUAUUCACAAUAUAGCGUCAGACAAAUUUCGCUUUUUUAUUUACAUGUGUGUGUGUUGUGUGUGUACGUGUGUGUGAGUCUGAAUGUAUGUGUGUGUGUGUGUACUUGCAUAGAUGUUAGUGUCAUUACUAUAAAGUACUGUUUUCACUAGAGUUGAUUUUGCUUUUAAUUUCGUUAUCACCAUUCUUAUUUAAAGUGUUA